AUGGGAAGCGGGCUACUCCCCGAAAAUGCCCCGCCCCUAGGUUCAUUUGUCGUUGGGGCUAAAAAUCUUCCUUGCUCGUUCCUAGGAGUCCGCUUUCUUCGCACUCAUGAAAACAACCUGAAGCUGGAGGGACCAGGAACUAGUGGGAGUGGGAGCCAAAAUAGGGCAAGAGCACUGGAAGUCACAGUAGCAGGCAUCAUAUUAAGUUUGGCGCUAACGGAAUCCAUUUCGAGCAAAGGUAUUCUCAUAUCACGGACAAGCCGGAUCAUGAAGAAGGGAAAAGAGAGGAAGUCUAGCGCCGGUCCUAAAAGGAAGAUGCUUUGGGGCAUUCGAUAUUUGUGUUUUUCUCUGCUGGCAGGAAUGACAAGCGCUUGCAUUUGGCAAGUAUCUUCCGAAAGUGGAAAUGAAAGUAGUCUUCCGGCUUUGGAGUCUUCCUCGAGCAGUGAAUCAUUGGCUACGUUUAGAGCCGAAAUAGCGGCCGAUAACGAAGCUGAGAUUUAUGCUCGCAUACGGAGUCUCCAGAGCCGUGAUUACUACAACCUUCCUCCCCAGAAUAAUCCCGGGGAGUAUGAGGGGCUUGUUCACAAUAACUUCGAGCAAGCUAUUGAUGUGCCCCAUUAUAGGGCCAUACUUGAUAGAGAAUAUUUUGAACUCACAGUAUUAGAAAGAAAGGGUCUAUUGCAAGAUAGGCUCUUCGAUCUUAUGUUUGGUGAGCAAAAGAUUUAUCGUAUCAUGGAACUUUCGCCAUAUACGAAUAUAAGGGCGGAGGCGUACGACUUCCUUGAGGGUAAGGUGGAGCCGGUGAGCUCUUUGCAACAUUCCUUCCAACGGGAUAUCAUGGACGGGAGUCUGAAUUUCUUUAUUCAGGAUAUAAACCAAAGCGGUAGAAAUUCACAAAUAUACCGUGAAUUCUACUCCCACUUUACCGAUGAGGGAUUCCGCCUCAAGUUCGGAUUACCCCUACCUUAA